CUUUCUUUCUUUUUUGCUUAUAAUAUAUCGUUAUAAGGGAAAAAAAAACCACAACUUAUAAUUCGAUAAAGAGAAAAACAAACAACAACUUUCAUACAAACAACACACACACAAAAAAAAAAAAGAAGGCAGAAGACGUAUUUUAAAUAAGAAAACAUAUGGAUAAACCCUCUCAAACCAAACUUUACGCCGGACUAGUCAUUUAUCGUAUUCAAAGAAACGUAGAGUAUUUAUUAUUAAACGACUCUUUUACAAACAAGAAGCAUUGGUUUUGUCCCAAAGGACAAGUAAUUGGAAACGAAGACGAAAUCAAAUGUGCACUCCGCGAGACCUUUGAGACGACAGGUUUACGUCCUUCUGAAUUACGUAUUGAAGAAGGGUUUACGAUUGAACUCAAGUAUCUUUCAGGCACCAAGCCAAAGAAAGUGCAAUAUCAUUUAGCGCAAUUAUUAGAUAAUCAUGUUCGAUUAUUACCCAAUGCAGAGGGGGUUCAUAUGCAAUGGUACAAUCAAAGCGCUUGUUCUGAGAAAGUUAUUUUUAAGAGCAUGCAGGAUGUCUUUAAACAUGCUCAAACUUUUAUUGAAUCAAAGCAGCAAAGAAGAAAGCAUUUUGAUCAACCACGCAUGAUGGGUCGUCCUACCUUGACGGAGACAAAGUCAUCAACCGUCGAAGAGAUCAAGCUCAAGAGUCGACCCACCGCAGCACCCGCAGUCACAACAGCACCUGUUGUACCUGUUCCAGCUCAGCAACAGUCGCAACAACAGUCGCAACAGCCGCAGCAGCAACAGCAACAACAGCAGACACCUUCUCCUCUCUACAAGACUCGUCUGUGUGAAAGAUAUGAAACGGAAGGUGUUUGUCCUUAUGGACCAAAAUGUAAUUUUGCACAUGGUGUCCUUGAAUUACGCGGAAAGGAACAAGAAACAACGGUUCCCAUUCCAACCACCGUACCUGCCAAUCAAAUGAUGGAUGCGGGCAACCAACUUUUUAAGACUAGACUAUGUGAGAAAUUCAUCAAGGAGAAGUUUUGUCAAUACGGUCCCAAAUGUCACUUUGCGCAUGGUGAGAGCGAGUUAAAGAUCAGGCCCAAGAAACCAGAAGAAGCAGAACCUGUCACUCAAUUACGCCCUCGUUCUUUUCAACAACAACAACAACAACAACAAAAUAUCAAUGUCGAAACAGACCAACGUACAAACUGGAGACAUGACAAGAACAAUAGUAGUAGUCAUCAUCCUAAUGAAACGAGUUGGAGAUCCAACGAAUACCGUACCAGAUCCUCUUCAGAGGAAGAUGAGGUAGCACCAAAGGGUAGAUCGAACCGAGAAAGUUCAUGGCGAUCUACGUCACCCAAGACACCACCACCUACCAUGGCGCCUCCACCCAUUCAAGUCAUGGAAGAGGAAAUGACCCGACCUGUUGUAUUUGUGGAACAGCGUACUCCGCCUAUCACCAAAAAAGCUACUACACCCAAAGAGAAAAAGACAAUGGUAGCACCUGUCACUACAGAGAAAUCUUGGAUGAAAGUACUUAAACUCUCCAAAGAAGAACAAGAUGAAAUGGAAAGUAAUGCAGUGCAACAAAAGACGGUCAUAGCACCUGCGAAAUCCGCUCAAACAGAACUCAUCAUUACCGAACUAAAAAAGUUCUUUACAAACAAUGUAGCUACCGUUGCCGCCAAAGGAAAAUUGAUGCAAGAUGUGAAGGAAGUGACCAAGAUUGAGAUGCGCAAUGAUCUAUCCAAGAAACAAUUACUCUAUAUUUUGCUUGUUUGUUUAUUGGAAGACACUGAUUCUUUAUUACCCAUUUUAAAGUCCCGCGAUCAUCUUUUUAAAACCCUUGUUAAAACAAAUGCAGAUCAAAUUUUGUUAUUAAAAGCCUGGGAAACUUUUGUAACUCAACGUAAACCAAUCAUGGUCAACAAAACUGCUGUUGCAUUAUCUCAUUGGUACGACUGUGAAAUGGUUGAAGAAGAAGCCUUUGUUCAAUGGUACGAUACGCUUCAAAAAGCAAGCCCAUUGGAGACAAAGAGUGCUAAAUUCAUCGAAUGGUUGAAUGCCUCCGAUGAAGAAGAAGACGAAUAAUAUAUAUAUAUAUAUAUUUUACUUUCAUUUAUAAAAAAAAAAUUGUUUAUUUCUUAUC